AUAGAAGCGAUCCCAUUCGGCGUAGUCACAUCUUAUUAAAACGGCACCACGUAAUCCUACCAACACCCUCCCUUGCUUUAAAUCUGCUCCACCGGCGCAGUUGUGUAGACCCACAGCCUCCUCGUUUAGCAGAGCACCGCUGUGGCUCGUGUUCUCGCGGGGCAUCCGACGGUAACAUGGUCUGCAGCGCGCGGCAGCAGUAGACAGUUUUGCUGGACCUUACGUGAAGGCGCGUGCCCGGCUUAUCCUGCUCUUCUUCCGCAACAUAUCAACACAUCGAAGCAAACUUAGUGUUUUGGGGACACGAGAGAGAGAGAUCAUCUGAACCUGACCCUCGCGGUCAGUGGCGAGCCAAACCCAGAAGUCGACUGAACGGACCAAGAGCCUGGUGUGGCCAGCCGUGGCAUCUUUGGAGCCCUCAUUAUCCUGUUCCAUCAUUUGAGAAACAGAUAAGAUCACACGUAAACCUACCCGGGUCUGACCAGAGGCCUCGGUGUUGUCACUGUGAAAAAAGAGAAACAUGGGAAAACAGAACAGCAAACUCAGGCCAGAGAUGCUACAGGACCUGAGGGAGAACACAGAGUUCACUGAUCAUGAGUUGCAAGAGUGGUACAAAGGGUUCCUGAAAGACUGCCCCAGUGGACAUUUGAACGUUGAGGAGUUUAAGAAGAUCUAUGCCAACUUCUUCCCAUAUGGUGAUGCCUCUAAGUUCGCUGAGCAUGUCUUCCGUACGUUUGACACCAACAACGACGGGACUAUUGAUUUCCGGGAGUUCAUUAUUGCUCUGAGUGUGACAUCACGGGGGAAACUGGAGCAGAAGUUGAAGUGGGCGUUCAGCAUGUACGACUUGGAUGGCAACGGUUACAUCAGCCGUGAGGAAAUGCUAGAAAUUGUGCAGGCCAUUUAUAAGAUGGUGUCAUCAGUGAUGAAAAUGCCAGAGGAUGAAUCCACACCAGAAAAGAGGACAGACAAGAUUUUCAGACAAAUGGACUUAAACAAUGAUGGCAAGUUGUCUUUGGAAGAGUUCAUAAAAGGUGCCAAAAGUGACCCCUCCAUCGUGCGACUACUGCAGUGUGACCCGAGCAGUGCCUCGCAGUUUUGAGUCUCUCAGACAACCGGCGCUCAAUGCAUGAAAGCUCUUGUCUCUCAUUCUUUGUGUUCAAAAUGGAAGAGAUUCAAAAAAAUGCAACAAUUUUACUUUCAGUUUUCCCCAGAAAGGACAUGCGUACAUAUGAAGAACAAAGACAACACCUGCCAAGACGUCUUGUGUCUGCUGCGUGUCACCUGUCUCUGCAGAAGCUGAAGCUUGUGGAGAUUCGACUCCAAAAAAAGAGGAAAGAAAUCAGUGGCCGAUCGUGUUCAAGGGUCGAGAUUUUGAAAGAGAAUGUUCCUGUUUAGGAAUUGUACAUGCACUCCCACCUUCUCCAAACCCUCUUGUGUUUAUUAUCUGUGCAGUUCUUGAUUUAGUUUCUUUCCUGCUUUGAUUUGUGAGGGUGCAGAUCCCUAUCUACUUUUAUAUUGAUAUUUAUGUGUAUAUAUACAGUAUAAAUACAUAUACAAACAUGUUACAACUACAAAUUAAGGCAAUUAUAGACGUCUUUUUACUCACUUGCAUCUUACAGCAGUAUUAUGUAGCUUCAAGCAGUAUCCUAAACUUGGCCUCCAAUUGACCCAGACUGAGUUUUCUGCUCCAGCGCUCAUGAUCUUUAUUAUAUGAAGAGAAGGCUGAGGAUCCCAUUUUUUUUUCUGUUAAUUUUAUUUUUUUGUUGUUUUUGUAAAUGUGUGGUUUGCUUCCAUAUUGUUCUUUAUUUAUUUUUGCAUUUUUAUUGUGUUAUUUUACAAAGGUUGAUUUGAUUACUGUUGAACCAGAAAUGUGACACACCUGGUGACGUAUUAUGCUGUUGAUGUUGAUAUUGAUAUUGAUAUUAAUUCAAGGCUUUCAAGUGCACUGCGGAAAAUAUUUCCAUCAAGGGAUACAUUCCAUCGCAUUUUGCAUCCAACACACUGGUAGCACAUAUAAUUGAAAUUGCUUCAUCUGUGUGUGUGCAGUUAUGCUCGUUUGUAGGUAAGCAAGAGUGAAGGUUUGCAUGCUUCGGUGUAUGCGUGCAUCUGUGCUAACUUUAUAGUAUCACUUUGUGUAGUUCAAUACGUUUGUAUGCAACAGUACAUUUUUUAACCCCCGGUAGAGUAGUUACACCUUUAUCCUACACCAUAUGGUACUCAAAAUCACAAUAUCUUGGGGUACUUUCAAAAGUGCUCCAUCAUCAACAUAGACAAGAAUGUUCAAAACUAUGAUUUAUGAUCAUGUCUCACCUUUAGAUAAACUGCCUCAUUGUUUUCAUCUAAGAGAGUUUGGAUACUGAAAGUGGUCACUAAAGGGCUUAUUUCCACUCUUGAAUUAACAAGUGUAAAGAAAAUGCCAUUGCUUUAAUUUUUCUUUUCAGUUUAUGUGACGACUGACAUUCCAUGACCUGAAUUCAACAGGUGCUCCUGCUUUGUUUAAACAAAGUGAUAGUGCUUUGAUAAUAUUAGCUCAUUAACACAAUACAUGCAUACUCACUGUGUAGCUCUCACAUUGCUGGCAUUCAUAUUGCUUCAGUAUUUGUAUUGACACAAUAUUUGAUGCUGCACCCUCUAUGGCAACUUUCCUCUAUUAUGUUGCAUGAAAACCUCAUGCGAGGACAUAAUGAUUGUCCCCUUUUACUGACGUUGAAAACAAAUAUACUUAUGUGUUUAGAAUGUUGACUGCGAGUGAUUUUUGGACACCUGAAGUUUGCAUAACACCUACUAGCACUGUAACUAUUGUGCCAGUAACGUCUAACAUUCGUUUAAAAAGUCACAUUUGCAUCAUAGUGUCCAUUCUUAUAGAAUAUUAUGGGCUUUUGUUUUAGUUUACGCACUGGCAUAACACUUAGCACAUAACUUAUUCCUGUAGACACACACCAGUUUUUUAUAAAGUACCCAAUUGUAAAAAUAAAAAUACCUUUAUGGAAAGUUAAAGCAUAUUAACUAGCAUAUUAAAUGACUCAAGUAUCAAAAGUGCAAUUAAAAGGCUUU